AUGGCCUCCGAUUCCAAACAAAGUAAGUAUUUAACAGUUUAUUUACAUUAUAAUGGUUUAUUCGCACCAAAACCAUUAGUGUACUUGAACGCUGUUGUUGUUUCAAUCUGUGAUGUCGAUUUUGGUGCAAUGGAUUUCAAAGACUUUAACUUGUUCAUUGCAAAGUUGAUUGAAGGCAGUUGUGAUAAUGUAUAUUAUUGCACUAGAAAUGAACCAUUGGCAGAGGGUAUUAGGAGAAUUUCGAAUGAUGCUGACUACUUUGAGUUUAUUGAAACGGGUUAUAGUGAUGAAGCCGGUCUAAGAAUGAAUGUGUAUAUAGACCACGAAAAUGAACCUGUACUUGAUUGGGCUGAUGAUGAAGGGCAUUAUUUCGACGAAGACCUGGAUGAUGAUAAAGAUUCACAACUUUCUGAUGAUAUUCCAUAUGAGCAUGAAGCAGAUGAUUACAUUCCUUCUUUUGACAAGACUAUUGGUGAUGAAUUCUUACAUCGGGUGUCAGGUAUGUGUAAGGAUAUAAAUGAUGAGGCUGAAACUGAUGAGGUUGAAACCAAGAAUGGAGAUGACAAACCAGUGUACCCUGUCCAUAAUGAGAACCAGAAAUGGGACAAAAUGGUGCCAAUUCUAGGUAUGAGAUUCUCUAACCCCAUGGAAUUGAAAAAUUGUUUGACUAACUAUGCAGUGAAGAAUGGGUACAACCUUUAUUUUGAGAAAAAUGAUAGUCAGAGAGGCCAACUGUUAGCAGCUAUGGGUAGGGAUGCAAACAACCACAUCUUCCCUAUUGCAUGGGCUGUGGUGGAAGUUGAAAAUAAGGAAACAUGGAAGUGGUUUCUUGACCUCCUUCUGGAUGACAUUGAAAUGGGAAUUGGUCAUGGAUUGACCCUCAUAUCAGACCAACACAAGGGAUUAAUAGAGGCUGUCAAAGAAAGGGUUCCAGCAGCAGAGCAUAGACAAUGUGCUAGGCACAUCUAUGCUAACUUCAAGAAAAGUUUCAAAGGUGAACAAUAUAGGAAGUUGUUUUGGGCAGCAGCUGCUAGUACUACUCAACCAAAAUUUGAGGCAGAAAUGAAUUCCAUAAAAAAAAUUGAUCCUUUGGCUUAUGAACACCUCAUGGAAAGGGACCCUAAAAGUUGGUGCAGGGCAUUCUUUGAAGUGGACAGGGCUUGUGAUGCUUAUGAGAAUGGCAUAUCAGAAAGUUUCAACUCUGUUAUUGAUCUUGCUAGGAAAAGGCCACUCAUCACCAUGUUGGAAGAGAUAAGGAUUUAUGCAAUGGAGAGGAUGUAUAAAAUGUUGCAAGAGGGACAAAGUUGGGGGAAUUUAAAAAUAUGUCCAUCUAUAAGGUUGAAGAUAUCAAAGCUAAAGAAACAGCAAAGAUUUUGGGGUGUUAUACCAUCUGGGAUACAACAAUAUGAAGUUAGGAUUGGAAAUGAUGGAUAUGCUGUGGACCUUAACAACAACACAUGUGGAUGUAGAUCUUGGCAAGUAUCAGGUAUCCCAUGUGUGCAUGCAGUGGCAGCCAUUUCAUACCUUAACAGGAAUGCAGAGGAUUAUGUUGCACCAUGGUUCCAUACAGCCAUGUUCUUGACUUGUUACAACCAUACCAUUAACCCACUUAAUGGUAGUUCCAUGUGGCCUGAAGCUCCCUACAUGAAGCCAUUGCCUCCUCAAAAAAGAAGGUUACCAGGAAGGCCAACCCUUAAAAGGAAAAAAGAUCAAUCUGAGAUGGAAAGCAAGGGGAAAACAAGGCAUACUAUCUCAAAAGCAGGUUCAGUUAAUAGAUGCAGUAUUUGUAGAGAAAGGGGCCACAAUAGAUCAACAUGUCCUACUAGACUAGCAGAUGUAGCAUCCACUUCAAGGCCAAAAAACAAGAAACCUAAAAAAUGUAAAAAAGAGAAAGGUAAAGUGGAACCAGUUCAAGUGGAUCCAGUUCAAGCAGAUCUAGUGGAUCCAGUUCAAGUACCAGCUCCACAGGUUGAUCCAGUUCAAGCAGAUCCAGUGGAUCCAGUUGAUGAUCCACAUCCAGAUGUUGAUGUCCCUGCUCAACCAGUUGCAACUAGGCAGAGGAUACGAAAAUACUCAGAAAGAAUUACCAAGAUAGGGUUGAGGAGGAAGGUUUUGAAGAAAGAAGGAAGCACUGGACACAACCCAAUGGUGUUGGAAUGA